AUGAAUUUAAAUUUAGGACCAACGCUUAAUAAUGCAACAUUUGUUUUAGAUGGAAUAUUGCCAAUUAUAAGUUUUUUACCACUUAUAAAAGAGGUAGCCGAAGUAAUUAAUGAAACUGUAGAAAUUGUUCAAUUAGCUGAACAUAAUAAAAAAAUAUGUGGGAUAUUGUGGUAUAGAAUACAUAUAGCCGAAACAGCAUUAUGGAAUUUAAAAAAUCGUAGAGACAAAAAUGAAAAUUUUUUUUCAAAUAGUAAUCUUACCCAUCUGCAAAAAUUGGUUAAUAUAAUUAAAAAAAUUCGAAAAUUUGUUGAAGAAAUUUCUCAAUUAACAGGUUUAUCCAAGUAUAUUCAAGCUAAAAGUAUUGAGAGUAAUGUAAAAGAAUUAAGUAGCGAGUUUGAUUUCACUAUACAAGCGUUUCACUUCUCUCUGGCAUUCGAUUUUAGUAUACGUGCAGAACAAGAUAGUAAAGAUAUUAAGUCUGAUCUCGAUGAUUUAACUAAGUAUCUUGAUGACAUCGGCAGUGGUGUAACUGACAACAAUCAUAUGAUCUUGAAUAUGGUCGCAAAAUUGAGUACACUUAAUAAAUUAUUGACGGAAUCUAAAUCAAAAACAAAUACCGAUAUAUUCAAGAGUGAAUUACUAGAAUAUAGUGAUUUUGAAGAACAAGAACCUGAUGGUAAUCGACAUUUAAAAAGUGUUAAAAAAUUUAGAAGAAAGCAUGGAUUGAAUGACUUUGUUGCAUUAAAGUUGGUUGCUGUUAAAAAUAGCAGUGAAGAGGAUAAAGAUAAUUUUAGAAAGCAAGUUACAAUUUUAAAAAAAUCGGAUCAAUGUGAUAGUAUUAUUCAAUACUUUGGUUUAACAGCGUAUGACUAUAAAUACUAUUUGGUGACUGAAUGGGCCGAGUAUGGCAAUUUACCCAAAGGUUUAAAUUUCUUGAACGCUGCUAAGAUUGUUCAUCGUGAUAUUAGACCUGAGAAUAUCUUAAUUACCGAUCACGAGACGGCCAAAAUUGCAAAUUUUAAAGCAAGAGAAAUUACAUAUUGUACGACAUACCUAGCUCUAACUCUAGAAGCUGUACGAUAUUGCGCCCCAGAACAAUUAGAAAGAAGGUCAGAAUACGAUACUAAGUGUGAAAAAUAUGGUAAUGAUAUCAUUGUAAUUACUGAGCUCGUUUGCACCAAAAAAUUUCGUGAAUCAUUUUCACUUGGUACUUCUUUCCCAAAAGAAUAUCAAGACCUUGCAAAAAAAGCUGUUGAUCAUGAUCAUAACUUUAGGCCUCGGUUUUCAAAAAUCUAUACCAUAUUACAAGAUCUAUAUAAGAAAGAUAGUAGAUAUACUCCAUUACAUAGUCCUAAACUCGUGCCAAAAAGUGAGACUCUUGCAAAUGAUAUAAAUUUCGCAGAGUUUAACUAUAUGUCAGUAGAUGAAGCAUCGAAACAACAUAGACUUCCUAAUGGAAAUCGCGAGUUAGCUUAUAAAUGUUUUGAAGCAAAUGCAGAAUACUUCAAAGCGUAUUAUAUUCAACAAAAUUUGGUUAAAUUUGAUAUGAAUCAAGCAACAAAAGACAUAUUAGUUGCAGAUUUAUAUAAAGAAGUAGCGGAUUCAGGUGAUUCUGAAGCUCAAUUACAUUACGGUAAUUGUUUAUUUAAAGGUAUAGGAGUUAAAAAGAAUUUAAAAGAAGCUGCCGAAUAUUUUACCAAAGCCGCCGAAAAUGGUCAAGUUGUUGGUAUGUAUAAUGCUGCAACUUUAUAUUUUUCUGAUAGUUUCGGUUUAAAGAAUGAAGUGUUGGAAGAAAUUAAGGAAAUAAUAAAGGUAGCUCAGGUAGUUGCGCAUCCAACAACAAAAUUUGUAUCAAAAAUUUGGUAUGAUUCAUUUGAUAAACCGGAGGUUUUGGAUCCUGAAGCAUCAGAUGGUAAGAAUAAUUUAUACAGUUGUUCAUCACGUCAUAAUUUUGAUAUUAAUAAAUUAGCGCUAGAUUCGAAUGCCAAGGAGACUUCAGAAUCUAAAAUAUCAAAUGACUCGAAUCACGAGAGAAUUCCUACACCAAAUGAAAUCGCGUCAGAUUUGGAUCCCGAGAAAACUCCUACAACAGAUGGACCAACGCUUAAUACGACAACAUUUGUUUUAGAUGGAAUACUGCCAUUAUUAAGUUUUUUACCACUUAUAAAAGAGGUAGCCGAAGUAUUUAAUGAAAUUAUCGAAAUUUAUCAAUCAGCUGAACAUAAUAAAAAAAAAUAUGUGGGAUAUUGUUGGAUAGAAUCCAAAAUAGCCGAUACAGCAUUAAGGAAUUUAAAAAAUCAAAUUUCUCAAUUAACAGGUUUAUCCAAGUAUAUUCAAGCUAAAAGUAUUGAGAGCAAUGUAAAAGAAUUAAGUAAAUAUAAUUAUUUUGAAGAACAAGAACCUGAUGGUUUAAAAAGGUUAAAAAAUUUAGGAGUAGAAACGUAUGACGAUAAAUACUAUUUUGUGACUGAAUGGGCCGAACGGUAUUGCGCUCCAGAAAAAUUAGAAAGAAGGUCAGAAUACGAUACUAAGUGUGAAGUUUAUAGUUUUGGUAUACUACUUUGGGAGAUUGCCGAAGAAAAAUCUCCUUAUGAGAGAUAUGAUGAUAUCCUUGCUAUUACUGAGCUUGUUUGCAACAAACAAUGUCGUGAACCAUUUUCAUUUGCAGUUCAUCAAGAUCAUAUUUUCAGACCUCAAUUUUCAAAAAUCUAUACCAUAUUACAAGAUCUAUAUAAGAAAGAUGCCAAAUAUACGCCAUUACCUAGUCCUAAACUCACGCCAAAAAGUGAAACUCUUGUAAGGAAAGUUUCGCAGAGUUUAACUAGAUAA